ACUAGAGGGCAGAAUGAUGAACGUAAAUCAUAGGGGCUGAACGAUGAAGAAGAGUCUGCAGCAUUCCGUAAACUCACGUGGAAACUAACAAGUAAUGUGUAUCUGUGUUUUGACCCAGAGUACUCCUGAGAGAAGAUGACAGAUGCUUUCAGUAGCAGCAGUGAGGCAGUUCUUCACCGCACUGUCAGUGUGUCCAUCACGACAGGCAGCCAUGCUGGAAAUUUGGUGCAGCUGUAUCAGAUAGCUGAGACGUGUCAUUUUAUCAGUAGUAAUCGAUUCAAAAAGGUGGCCUUACAGUUUCCAGAUGAACUCCUGCCUGAUGCCGUCCAGGUCUCUGCUGAAAUAGAGAAUGAAACCAAAGCCAAAACAUUCAUUUUAGGAGACACAUCCUAUGGCAGCUGUUGUGUGGAUGAGGUAGCGGCAGAACACGUGAGAGCAGACUGUAUAGUGCAUUAUGGGCCAUCUUGCCUCAGCCCAUGCAGAAGACUACCCCUUUUGUAUGUGUUUGGGAAAAGACCUAUUGAUGUCCAGCAGUGUGCUGCAGCCUUUAAACAGCUUUAUCCUGACUGCCAAAGUCAUGUCAUCGUACUGUAUGAUGUCACCUAUUCACAUGCUAUAGGUGAUCUCAGGAUGCUUUUGUGUGAUAUCUACCCCAGUGUUGUGGUCGCUCUUCUAAAAACAGAUCAUUCCUGCAUUGCUGAGCUGAUACAGAACAGCUGUGUGGACACUGAUCACAUAGAUUCACAGGAUGAUAGAGUCAUUUUUAAAUUUGGCAGACAGUUUACUGUAAAAGCAGGGCAGAGUGUUGAUAAUUACAGUAUGUUUUACAUUGGCCAGGAAGGCCUGACUCUUACAAACUUCAUGAUGACCUGGAACCAUUGUGCCUUCAGCUCAUUCAAUCCAGAAACACACACAGGACGAGUGGAAUCGGUUAAAAUCAACAAGGCACUGAUGAAACGCUAUUAUGCCAUUGAGCAGGCCAAAGAUGCCAGUGUGGUGGGCAUUUUAGUGGGCACCCUGGGUGUCGCCAACUAUCUGACCAUCAUAGAGCAGCUGAAAGACAUUGUUCACAAAGCAGGCAAGAAGAGCUAUAUGUUUGCUAUGGGAAAGAUCAAUGUUCCCAAGCUCGCUAACUUCUUGGAAAUUGAUGUUUACGUGCUAGUUGCCUGUCCAGAGAACUCACUACUAGAUUCAAGUGAAUUCUACAGACCUGUGGUGACUCCCUAUGAGUUGGAAUUGGCUUGCAAUAAGCACAGAGAGUGGACUGGAGAAUAUGUCUCAGACUUCAGAGAUUUACUGCCUGGUGGAAGCAGUUAUGUGGGCUUCCCUGAACCAGACCAGUCUGCCAUUGAGGAAGAGACCACAGAUGUCUCUCUAAUCACAGGAGCUCUGCGAACUUGUUCCACCACCUCAUCGGAGAUCAUAAAUGGCACAUCAGAGUCGUCUUCACUCGUCUCAAGGAAUCAGACUCUCACUAUGGCCAACACAAACACAGCAGCAUCAUUUUUGGCUGGCCGUAGUUGGCAGGGACUGGAGCCCAAACUGGGGCAGACACCAGUGGUGAAAGCUGUGGAGGGACGGAGAGGCAUUGCAAUCGCUUAUGAGGAGGAGGGUGUGGGAAAUAAAGAUGCUUCAACACCUCUUCAAAAAUCAUAAAAGUAAUUUAUUAUUGGACUGUCAUAAGAAAUGAUCAGAGGAUUACUUUAACACUCACAGCACAUGAAUCGCAUCAGUAUACUUAAGGAGAUGUAAUUGUAAUAAUACGUCUUUUGGGCACAUGUUUUAAUUCCCUUGGAAAGGGCGAGUGUUUCUUCUGCUACUGGUCAAAAAUCAAGCAAGGUAAAUUAAUAUUUGUUAAAUAGAAGUUGUUCUAUUGUGCUGCCAAUGGUAGCAAAUUAUAGAAAGUGAAUUUAAUAAGAAAAAAUAUAUAAAUGUCAAAUGUGCUUUAAUGUUGUCUUUGUAUUGAUCAAAAAUAUGACCUCAAUAUAAUAAGUGGAAUGACUGUAGCACACAACCAAAGUGGGACAGCGAAGCAGCAAGCG